UGUCGGUCGGUUGGUGCUGUUCGGCCGCGCUGUCGCUCCUAUACAUGUAUACAGGCACUAUAUAAAUAUACACGACACUCUACUCUCCCGCGCUAAUCGCUCGCGGUGUGUCCGGAUCUACGACAUGUAGUUUCAGCCCACACACGCUCUGCAGGUGUGCAUGAGUGCGCAAUCGGCGUUUGCUUCGCGCCCGACGUCGAGCGAUCGGACCAACGGAGAAAAUCGGCAAGGAGGACGCGGAUGAAGAAGAAGAAGAGGAGGAGGCCAAAGUGACGCAACGUGCAGCCCGUUGUUGUGUGUAUAUAUAUAUAAACCGUGUGUUGUUGCAACAACGCGCGCGCACGUGUGCUCGUCGGCCAUCGUAAUCAUCGGUCGUGCCUCCGCCCCCCCUCCCCUGGGCAGUAGAGGUGCAGUGAAGCAGGUGUGUGUCUGUGUGUGGGAGUUUUGUUGUGUGAAAGAAGAAGAAGAAAAAAAAAAUACAACAACGACAAAGAGCCGCGGUGUGUUUCGGCAAUGAUUGUUUGAUUUGCCGGGCUUUAUAAUACAAAAGUUUAAUAACACGUUAUUAUACAACGGAGCGGUUUAUUGGGCUCGGGAUUGAGCGAAAUCGGUGCAGUGCUCGGGUUCCUCGGCGUGUAAGUGGUCGGCCCUCCAGCGGAUCGGCUGUACAGGGAGGGACACCCUGUCCCCCUUCCUCUCCUACGGCUCGCCCUGUGUGACCAUCGCAUUGAUCCCUUUGAUUCGCUUCGUCUUCCGGAGGAGCUCGGGUGAGCCGUUGGCGACGAGUGUUACCCGAGGAAGGCCGCCAAGGGGAGGCAGUUGCGGGUAGACUACACGACGCAAGGGACGCCGAGCUGCCGGCCGGCUUCGGUCGCCGUGAGGGGACACGAGUUCGGAUGCCAGGCGGCGCGGGGGUGGCUAGACAAGCCCCGCCGCAGGCCACGGAUCCCGAUGCCGGUCCCCAUAUCCCAGGCCCUCUCGCUCACCUCGACCCUCGUCCCCAAGGAGGAGUCUAACAUGCCCUUUAUAGACGACGAGUUGCUCUGGUGCCCCGACAACGACGGCAAAAUGGUCGAUCUCACCCAGUGCCUUCAGGAGAGCAGCACGGGCCAAUCUGUGGAAUUCUCGUCGUUGGAGCUGAACGCGCUGGUGGGCGGCCCCGCGAACGCAACGGCCGAUGGUCCCGAGGCCAUGCCCAGCUCGAACGUCACCGGCGCGAACAGUGUGGCCGGUGGUGGUGGUGGUGCCAACGGCAACGGUACCGACGAGCCCUUCGACACUCUGGACACGUUUUUGAGGGAAAUCCAGGCCGAUCUGGCCGCCGUCAACCAGCAAACGCCCAACUCGUACAGGCGCUCCAAGUACAAUAUCGUCGCUGCGAAUCCGUUGCUUGCAGAAAAAUUAGCGACACCUCCAACGCAACCGUCAUCAACGAUCUCGUAUCCAACGAAAACGGAAAUAAAAACGGAAAACAUUCAAUCGGAGUCGAGCAAAGUGGACACCGGCGAGCUCGCGCAGCACGAGGUGCACGACCCAACCUCGGACAAGGAGGCCCUCGCGGUGAAGACGGAGCCGGGCUCGAUAGCCGGCACCCGGCUACUCCACGGCAUCCUGUCCCAACAGUCGCACGCCCAACACCAGCUACAGAGCCACCAGCAGCACGGCCUCGUACUGCAAAAUGGGUACGCCCGCCACCUCGCCACCCAGGCACCCUACUCCGCAGCAGCUAUACCAAAUACCACUACCCCGGGAAGCGGAUCGCUACCGGCGAGCCCGGCCGACAGCGGUGUUAGCGACGUCGAGUCGAGCACGUCGUCGGGCGGCAACGAGGAUACCAAUAGUAUAAUAAAGGCGAGGCUACACAACAACAACAGCAACAGCAGCAACAACAAUGGACCAGCCCAAUCGAGUCUCGCUGGUUCACAUCACACUCAACUCACGGCAGUGUUGGGCAGGUCGGCGUCCCACAGUCCGGGCAUGUAUACCGGGCCCGUGGGUUUCAUGGCGCCCUCCUCGUUUCACGGGCACCCGCACCAGCAGCCGCCCCAUCACCAUCACCAGCAUCAACAGCAGCAGCAGCAGCAGCAGCAGCACCAGGCACCGCCUCCACCGUCGCAUCAACAGGUUACCCCGUACCACCGAGGGGGUGGCUCGCCGCAUCCGCAUCACCAGCAGCACCACCAGCAGCAACAACAACAACAACAACAACAACAACAGCCACAUCCUGGACACGCCAUGUCGUCGGCUAUGGGCCCGCCCCAUCACCACCACCACCACCAUCAUCCGCACCAUCACCAUCAGCUCCAUCAGUCUUCGAACCUACAGCAUCUCCACUAUCGCCAGGCACCAUCACGUGUAAAAGCCGGUAGUGGAAGAAAAAUCGGCAACUCGACGAAUUCGGUCAGGUUGGUCGAAAAGAAGCAAUCACGACGAAUUUGCACGGAAAAGUGGGACGAAAAAUGA